UCGACAUGGCUUCUGAGGUCGUUUUCGGUGUGGCUCUGCUCCUGGCGGUUGGGCAGGCCGAACAAGGCCCGUUCCUGGGCCUGAGUGUCGACCCUCCCGGACUCCCUCGAAUCGUCGGAGGAAGUGAAGCAGUCAAGGGAGCUUUUCCUCACCAAGCAUCGCUGCAGUGGGGCCUGCCUCCACUGACACCCUACAGUCACUUCUGCGGGGGGUCGAUUAUCAACGAUCGAUGGGUCCUGACCGCUGCCCACUGCAUCGCAGCUGUCCCCAGCUUUGGAUCGUUCGUCGUGAAACUCGGAAAGCACUCAUUGAAGGAGAAAGAAGCGGAGGAGCAAGUGAUCGAGGUCGCUGCUUCAUUCGUUCACAAGAACUACACAGGAGGAGUUGCUCCCUUCGACGUAGCUGUCGUGAAACUGAAGUCCGCGGUGGUCUUCAACAAGAGGGUUGCUGCGAUCAACCUACCGAAGGCCGGAGCCCGCCCCUCUGGCAACGUCACCCUCUCGGGGUGGGGAUCAACAGCCCCCAGUGGGUUGUCACUCCCUGCGAAGCUGCAAACAGUUGUUCUACCUGUUGUGGAUUUAGCUACUUGUAGGAAGCAACUUGAGAAACUCGUGGGGCCUUCCCCUCUGCACGAUAACAACGUUUGCACGGGACCGUUGAGUGGGGGAGUGUCUGCUUGCAGCGGAGAUUCUGGUGGUCCUUUGAUCGCGAAAACAGGCGCGAGGUCCGAAGUCGUGGGAAUCGUCUCCUGGGGGAUAAUGCCCUGCGGCAGUGUGGGGGCUCCAUCAGUCUACGCUAGAGUAUCAGCGUUCAUCAGUUGGAUCGAGGAUACAAUCGCCAAAAACAAUCAUAAAUUAUCGACUGUUUAUUUAUUAUUCUCGAUAGAAUCACGUCGAUAUUUCAAAGAAGACAAAAUCUUCCUCGACGCUAGAAUCAUCGGAGGAGUGGAAGUCGUGAGGAACUCCUACCCCCAUCAAGUAUCUCUCCAAUGGGGUUUUCUAUCCUCGACAAGCACCAGACACUUCUGCGGAGGAAUAAUCAUCAAUCAAUCGUGGAUUCUCACAGCUGCCCACUGCAUCGAUGCCAUCCCGGAGAUAGGGGGACUAGUCGUGAGGGCUGGGAAACAUGUUCUCAAUCAAGUGGAGACUAUGGAACAGUCCAGGAGAGUUGCUGCAGCUUAUGCUCACGAGAAUUUCAUUGGCGACGUCGCUCCUUUCGACAUAGGCCUCCUCCGACUGACAAUGCCCUUGACCUGGACAACCGCAGUGCAGCCGAUAAAUCUCCCCCAACCAGGGGCGAUCCCAACGGGAAACGUCACCGUCACAGGCUGGGGCGCGACGGACCCCAGCGGAGGAAAUCUGGGGAACGUCCUCCUCUCUGUGGACAUCCCUCUGAUCUCCCUGAGGACCUGCAGGAGAGCUCUCAUCCCAUUCGGAGGAGCUGCGACCCUCCACGAGACUAAUAUUUGCAGUGGACCACUGACUGGAGGAUUCUCCCCGUGCAACGGGGACUCAGGGGGUCCGCUGAUAAGGAGAAACGGUGCUAAUUGGGAAGUGGUGGGGAUUGUCUCCUGGGGAGUGAUUCCCUGCGGACUGAGAGGUGCCCCUUCAGUCUACGUUCGAGUCUCAGCCUUCAUCGACUGGAUACAAUCGAUGAUAACAAGGAAUUCUCAAUGA